AUGGCGAAGUCUGGCCACGCCUUGGAGAUUCAAUUUAAACCGGAGUUGAAAGCGGUGCCGUGCCAAUUCCCCGUGCAAAGCUUAACUUUUUUGAUCACCAAUUCGUUGCAAGUUUCGAAUAGACACGAGACUGCGCCCGUGCAUUACAAUUUGCGAGUCGUGGAAAUGGCCAUCGCAAGCGACAUAUUGGCGAAGAAAUUGGGCGUGUGGGCAAAAGCCCGCAGAGACUCCAAUUUGCAAACUUCCUCGUUGAGGAGCGUGAUGGAUGCGUACUGUGGAGAAUGGAAUGGCCACGACGUUAAGGAAGGGCUGAAUUUGGUGAAGAAAAUGAUUGAAGCUGUUGACGCUGUAUUGUCGAUGCGCGAUGGGUAUACCCACCGCGAAGCUGCUGAGGAAUUGGGCCUCACAACGGACGAGUUUCAACGCUCAUACCUUUCCAAGCUCCCAGUCAAGUUUGAAAAGUUGAAAUUGUAUCAGAGAGCUAGACAUGUAUAUAGAGAAUCCUUGAGGGUUUUGCAAACAUUGGAGCUAUUGCAAAAAAAACCACAACCAACUUCGGACACGGUAUACCUCAUUAGGUUCGGCCAAUUGAUGAACGAGUCUCAAGCGGACUUGCAUCACCUCAACGAAUCUUCGAAUGACAAAUUGAACGAAAUCUGCUCGAUUGCCUUGGCCAACGGCGCGUUCGGAUCGAGAGUCACUGGCACAGGCUGGGGCGGGUCAGUUGUCCAUCUAACAACUUUGGACAAGUUGCCCGCGCCAUCACAUGCCUUGACGGAGCAGUACUACAAGAAGGAGUUCCCUGGUAUUGGCCACGUGGAGUUGACGGAAGGCAAUCAUUGA